AUGUCAGUAUGGACAGAUGGGUCUUGUCACGGAAACGGGAGAGAUGGAGCGAGGGCAGGAGCUGGAAUCUGGUGGGCGGCAAAUAGCCCUCGGAAUGUCUCUGCGCGUGUUCCUGGUGCACAGACGAACAUGCGUGGAGAGCUCUUGGCGGUCUACAUCGCACUUAGAGAAGCGGACCCGAGGAGAACACUCAUCCUCUACACCGAUAAUGAAGUCGUCAUACGCACUUAUUGUUAUUGGGUGGAAGGGAUGUUAGCGCGGGGCUGGAAGUGCGCCAAUGCGGACAUCAUACGUCCUACUGCCGGUCUACUACAUGCUCGUCCGGCUCGGGUCUGGUUUCGCUGGGUGAAGGGCCACAGUGGCGAUGUCGGAAAUGAUGGAUCGGACACAAAGGCGAACGAAGGCGCU